ACCCGACUGUUCGCAUUCACGGUCGGACACGAACCGUCUCGCGUCUCUUUCUGCCACAUAUAUCGGGCACUUGCCAUUUGUUUUACGACGAGUGGACGUGCUGUAAGCAAGCCGGCUCGCCAACUUUGAAGUGAACGUUCGGAGGAAUUUUCGCGGACGCUUCCAGAAAACAGGUCCGAAGCGGAGUGACCAAAAAGUUUGGAGGGGUGUUGUCGCAAGUAUCGGCUGGGUCUCCUUAAGGAAUGCCUGUGGUCAGCAGUGCAUCUCCGGACCGGUAACCAGACGUGUUGCUGCAGUCAUGAUGAGGCCAGCGGGGUGGUUGACUCCUUUCUCCCUGGUGGUGGUGGUGGUGGUGAUGCAGGUGUCGUCUGUGGAAGAGCACGAAUGGCACUUCAAUGCAGCAGCUCAGUGUCGUUUUGCCCUGGGGAUGGAGGAUGGCAGCAUCCAAGACUCUGACAUCACCGCCUCCAGUGCCUGGUCAGACUCCACCGAGGCCAAACAUGCAAGGUUGAGCACCGGAGAAGGGGACGGAGCUUGGUGCCCCAAAGGCGCCGUCUUCCCCGAUGGAUCAGAAUACCUUCAGGUGGACCUGCGCAAACUGCAUUUCUUGGCCCUGGUGGGCACCCAGGGUCGCCAUGCCGACGGGCACGGCCAGGAGUUUGUCCGUAGUUAUCGCCUUCGCUACUCUCGUGAUGGCGUGAGAUGGAUCACCUGGAAGGACCGCUGGGGCCAGGAAGUGGUGUCCGGGAACGAGAACACCUACGAUGUUGUUUUGAAGGACCUGGGCCCCCCCAUAGUAGCCCGCAUGGUGCGCUUCUACCCGCUGGCCGACAGGGUCAUGAGCGUCUGCCUUCGAGUGGAACUGUACGGCUGUGUGUGGACUGAUGGGUUAAAGGCUUACACGGCUCCAGUGGGUCACGUCAUGAAUCUGUCAGGCUUGCCAGUCUACCUGAACGACUCCACCUACGAUGGCAGCACAGAGCAAGGGGUGCAGUUCGGCGGCCUGGGUCAGCUGUGUGACGGCGUCCUGGGAGGAGACGACUUCAUGGAGAGCAAGGAGUUGAGGGUAUGGCCCGGCUACGACUACCUGGGCUGGAACAGAGACGUUCUUGGAAAGGCCAGCGUGGACAUAGAGUUCCACUUCGAGAAGCCUCGCAUCCUCCAGGUCAUGCAGGUGCACAGCAACAACCGUCACACUCAGGGCGUGCGGGUGUUCAACAAGGUGGAGUGCACGUUCAAGCCUGGCCUGUUGCAGCCGUGGUCGUCCCCGGCCCUGGCACUGCGCGUGCCCCUGGACGACCUGAAGGACCCAUCUUCUCGGACAAUCUCCCUGCCCUUGGACGGACGCGCCGCUCUCAUCCUGCGCUGCAACUUCUCUUUCGCCGACAGAUGGCUGCUCCUCAGCGAGAUAUCCUUUCUCUCAGAGGCUAUUGAGAAGGACGUGACUCCGCCGAAUGGUUCAAAGACUCCCACCACCAGCGCCUCUCCUUCCCUCAACCACACCUCCUCCUCUCCUGCCCCGAGCCACGGUGCUUCCAACACCUCUCCCGGUGCUUUUGCACCUCCUCCCACCGCCAGCUCCACCUUCAUGAUGGACACUACUGCUAAUUGGACGCUGUCAGGUCCAGAGUUCAACGGCGUGUCGCCGAGGGCGGGGCUUCCCGUGGCCAAGGAUGACAGCAGCAACACGGCCAUCCUGAUUGGCUGCCUGGUGGGCAUCAUCCUGCUGCUGUUGGCCGUUAUCGCCGUCAUACUGUGGAGGCAGUACUGGAAGAAGUUACUGGGGAAGGCUCAGGGCGGCCUGUCGAGCGACGAACUGCGCGUGCAUCUUUCAGUGCCCUCGGACAACGUGGUCAUCAACAACACGCACAGCUACUCCAGCCGCUACCAGCGCAUACACACCUUCCCCGACGAACCCGAGCGGGAGGGCGAAAGCGAGUACCAGGAGCCCAGCGCCUUGCUGCACCCGCGAGAUCACCGGGACAGUACGGCCUUGCUGUUAAACAACCCGGCCUAUCACCUGCUCCUGUCAGAUCACAGGAAAGGCUCGAGGCCCAGCACCUGUCAGGCUCAGGAAAAGAGUCUCAAUGUGCCCCAUGUGUGCGGCUUGGAGUCUUCCCCGGAGAAAGGAUUCCCUCUGACGCAGGACGAGCCUCCGCCGUACCCGGGCUCGCCGCCGUACCCGGCCCUGUCGCCGUCCGUGUCCCCCCCGCUGCCCCCCAGCGUGCCGCACUACGCCGAGGCCGACAUCGUGAGCCUGCAGGGUGUCAGCGGCAACAACACGUACGCCGUGCCCGCCCUGGCCUCUUCCAGCCCGGGGGCGGACCCCAGCCCCUUGCCGGAGUUGCCGCGUCAGUGUCUCGUCUUCAAGGAGAAACUCGGGGAGGGGCAGUUUGGAGAGGUGCACCUGUGUGAAAUCGAAAACCCUCAGGACCUUCCCAGCCUGGAGUUUCCCUUCAACGUAAGGAAAGGUCGCCCUCUGCUGGUGGCUGUCAAGAUACUGCGGCCUGACGCCUCCAAAAAUGCCAGGAAUGACUUCUUGAAGGAGGUGAAGAUCCUGUCCCGCCUGAAGGACCCCAACAUCAUCCGUCUGCUGGGCGUGUGCGUGAGCAGCGACCCCCUCUGCAUGGUCACGGAGUACAUGGAAUGCGGGGACCUCAACCAGUACCUGUCCCACCGCGUGCUGCUGGACAAGAGCGGGCCUUCACACACCACGCCCACCAUCAGCUACCCGGCUCUCAUCUCCAUGGCCAGCCAGAUCGCCUCGGGAAUGAAGUUCCUCUCCUCGCUCAACUUCGUGCACCGCGACCUGGCCACGCGCAACUGCCUGGUGGGCGGCGAGAGGGGCAACAGCGAUGCCGACGACCCCAGCGGAGAGCGCCACAUCAAGAUCGCGGACUUUGGCAUGAGCAGGAACCUGUACGCCGGAGACUACUACAGGAUCCAAGGCCGAGCUGUGCUGCCCAUACGCUGGAUGGCCUGGGAGUGCAUCCUCAUGGGUAAGUUCACCACGGCCAGCGACGUUUGGGCGUUCGGCGUGACCCUGUGGGAGAUGCUGAGCGUGUGCCAGGAGCAGCCGUACUCCAAUCUGACGGAUGAACAAGUCAUCGACAACGCCGGAGAGUUCUUCAGAGACCAGGGCAGACAGGUGUACCUGGGCAAGCCCGCUGUGUGUCCUCAGGGUCUCUACGAGCUCAUGUUGAGCUGCUGGAACAGAGACUGCAAGCUACGCCCUUCCUUCGGCCAUAUCCACGCCUUCCUCACCGAGGACGCCAUGAACAUGGUGUAAAGCCACGUGGUGCUUCAACGGGCCACCUCUGUUGUCAUGGCUUUUUUUUCCCUCCAAACAUCUUUUGUACUUUUUUGGGUGGACGUGGCUCAUGAAGACGCUGCUGGUUCAGUUUAUUCACACACCCCCAAAACCAGAGUAAGCUAGCUUGACAUAGUGUAGAUAUGAGGCUGAGCUACAUUGUGUAGUGUCGUGGUGGUAGGUGCAUUGUGCAUUAGGAGCCUUUUCUUCUCUUUUUUACAAGGACAGGAAAUGAGGUAAGCAGAAGGUGCAGAUUCUAAACGAUUUAGUGUCUCAACAUUUCAUAGCUACCGCCCCUCUGAACCAUCUGAUAGUGUAGUGGUUCACAUAUAGAUCAGUCCACCUCUCGCAGUUGGGAUGAGCUCCAGCUCCCCUUGAAAUCCUGAACAGGAUCCGCAGAAUAGAAAGUGGUUGCAUGUUGAUCGUGUAGUGGUUCACAUAGCUGCCUUUCAGAAAAUGGAUUAUGACCUAAAGAAUCUCAAUCAAUCCAGACUGACCCCCAUCUCUUGCCCAAAGUCAAGAUGGUAGUGUAGCGGUUAAUGGCAUACAGGAUAAGCGGUAUAAAAAGAGUGGAUGGGUGUUGAGAGCUGAGAUCCAUUGUCAGUGUAGUGGGUCAUAAAGUUUCUUAGGCGUUGAGUCCCUGCAACCCUGAGCUGGUUGAGGGCCAUUGAUAGUGUAGUGGUUCACAUAGCUACUUUACGCUCAAUUGCACCCCUUGUGACCUUUACCAGGACUGGCUGUUGGGAAAUGGUUAUUGGACGUGUAGUGGUUCACAUAGCUGCCUUUCAACCAGUCCGCCCGUUCUUAGAUAAUGGCAAUCACUUGCCCAAAGUCAACUGGGAUAGGCCCCCAUCUCUGCCGCAACACAACAAUGAAAAUGGAUGGUUGUAGUGGUUCACAUAGCUGCCUUGGUUUCAAUUUCAGUGCGGGCUUCAACUCACCUUGAACUGGUGAACUAUAUCCACACUUCAUCAAUGCGGUGCAGACGACAGGCUACGUUCUGCAGUACACUUCCAAACACCCUCAGUCUGCCAAAUGGACUCUUCUGGUGUGAGGAACCAGAAGCUGCUGAUGUAGUUGUUCAUGAUAUUAAUAUGACUUGACCCCUCAACUCAAAACGCUCUGUCCAAGCACAAAUGUCUAUUCCAGUCAGGCCCGAGAAUGGAAAGUCAUCACUUUUUCCAUGUAAAAAUUCCUCGGCCUCCUGCACUUUAACUAGUUACCACACAUUUAAUUGAUAGGAUCCUGCCAAUGUGGACUUGAACACCUCCCACUUUGCAUAAAAAGGACAUUUUGGAUCCUCCCUUCCAGCCAACCAUUAGUUAUACUGUGACAUGAGUUGCAUCGCAUCACGCAGAUGCUUAAAAUGGUCGCCCGAUAAGAGUCCGUCUUUGACCGGCGUAGAAAGCGUUACGGAAUGUACAGUACUGUUUAAUCAGUCCUGAGAUGGUGGCUCCGUAUUGUUGUUUACUGAUCGCAAAUUGUGCCAUUUGAGUCCUUUUUGAUACACUGUAGUUCAACUAAACCUGUAUUUUAAUAAUACGUGCUUUGUUUAGUUUGUACAUAUUUUAAAUACAAAUCUUGUAUUUUCCUGUAUUUCUGUAGAAACGCUUGCUACCUUGAUGCCGUUGUCAUCCAUUGUGCUGUAUAUUUUUGUAGAUGUUUCAAUAAAGCUAACCCCUUUUCAAAUGAAA